AUGGAACCAACUGAAUCUCAGCCAACCGGAUUACGCCACGUGGUAGCCAUGUCUUGGCCCGGAAGAGGCCACAUCAACCCAACGAUGAUCCUCUGCAAACGCCUCGUUCGCCGAUACCCAAACCUCAUCGUCACUUUCGUCGUCACCGAAGAAUGGCUCGGGUUCAUAGGGUCCGACCCGAAACCCGACCGGAUCCACUUCGCCACCCUCCCGAAUCUCAUCCCUUCCGAGCUCGUCCGUGCCAACGACUUCAUCGGCUUCGUCGACGCCGUACACACAAAACUCGAGGAGCCGUUCGAGCGGCUGCUCGACCACCUCGGCUCGCCGCCUCCGACCGCAAUCAUCGCCGAUACUUACGUCGUCUGGGCAGCUAACGUCGGCGCACGAAGGGAUAUUCCGGUGGUUUCUCUCUGGACUAUGUCGGCGACGAUUCUCUCCCUCUUCCUUCACUCUGAUCUUCUCAUAAGCCACGGCCAUGCUCUGUUCGAACCAUCAGAAUCAAAAGAAGAAGAAAUCGUAGAUUACAUCCCUGGCUUAUCUCCGACGAAACUCCGUGAUCUUCCGCCGUUAUUCGAACCUUAUCUCGGCCAAGCCUUCGAGAAGUGCAAGUUGUGUUUCGAUGGAAUCUCGAAAGCUAAAUGCCUUCUCUUCACCACCGCCUACGAGCUCGAACCAAAAGCCAUAGACUUUUUCACAUCCAACCUCGGUAUCCCGGUUUACGCUACCGGUCCGUUAAUCCCCUUUGAAGGGCUCUCAACCGGCGGCAAAGAGCCAGAUUACAUCAAGUGGCUUGAUAAGCAACCGGAAAGGUCCGUCCUUUACAUAUCUCAGGGGAGUUUUCUUUCUGUCUCGGAAGCUCAGAUGGAGGAGAUAGUGGCGGGAGUGAAACAGAGCGGAGUCCGGUUUCUUUGGGUGGGUCGUGGAGGCGAGUCGAAGCUUAAGGAGGCUCUUGAAGGAAGCUCCGGCGUUGUGGUGAGCUGGUGCGAUCAGCUGCGUGUGCUUUGCCACGGAGGCGUGGGAGGGUUUUGGACGCAUUGUGGGUUUAACUCGACGUUGGAAGGGGUCUAUUCGGGGGUUCCGAUGCUUGUGUUUCCGUUGUUUUGGGAUCAGAUUCUGAAUGCGAAAGUGAUUGUUGAGGACUGGAGAGUUGGGAUGAGGAUCGAGAGGAGGAAGAAGACAGAGGUGGUGAUAGGGAGAGAGGAGAUUGAGGGAGUAGUGAAGAGGUUUAUGGAUAGAGAGAGUGAGGAAGGGAAGGAGAUGAGAAGAAGAGCUUGUGAGGUUAGUGAGAUUAGUCGAGGAGCUGUUGAGGAAAGUGGGUCGUCUAAUGCUAAUAUUGAUGCUUUCAUGAGUGUUAUUAGUGAUUCAAGUUAA